AUGGACAUGUCAGCCAUUUUGAAAUCCUUAUGCAAGGAGUUCCUGUCGUACAACGUGUCAGCUAUCCUUUACCUGAUAAACUACGAGCAAUAUGGCCGCAGUACCGCGUCAGCACAGUACUUCCUGCAACUAGCAGGCUAUCUGGGCAUUCCGGUCAUCGCGUGGAACGCUGACAACUCGGGCUUGGAAAGGAAAGCAGCAAGGUCUUCCCUCCAACUUCAACUUGCACCAAGCUUAGAACACCAAACCGCAGCCAUGUUGAGCAUAUUAGAGCGGUACAAGUGGCACCAGUUUUCAGUUGUUGUCAGCUUGAUAGCUGGUCAUGACGACUUCAUACAAGCGGUGAGGGAGAGGGUAUCAGCAAUGCAGACAAAAAAAGGACCGUUGUACAAUUGGGAGAGCGAGAAGGAGCUCCAAAGUGAAAUUAAGGAGCUAAAAGCUGAUGGUAUGUCGAACAAGAGGAUGUAUUUUGACUUUUUAGAUGUAGUUGCGGAAGUCACAGAAAGACAGAAAAGGAAAAACAAUAUUAUAGUUUUCAAUAUUGAAGAACCAGAUCAGGGAAAAUCUCCCGACGAUAGAGCCACAUGCGACAAGGCUGCAGUUAAGGAAAUUUUGCGAUAUCAGGAACAAUGGACAUUUAGUAUAUAA